UUGUUUCAACAAAUUCCAUACAAUUAGGAGCAAACUUACCCCAAAACAAGAAAGAUUAAAUAAUAAUAAAAACUCUCUCUAAUUCCAUGUUAUUUCCAACCUUCUUGUUGAUUUGUUGAAGCUAUUUUAUAUUGUUUUAAGGUCAUUAGCCUAGAAGUGUUCUUCCAAACCAUGAGUCCUACACAAUUCCAUGCAAAGAAGGACGUCACCAACAAUGCCUUGUGCCCACCUCCCUUGAAGGUCAAUAAGGACUCUCAUUUCAUCAAGAAAUCAUCGGGGUCGGUGUCCUCAUCCUCGUCGACCUCCUCCCUUGUUAACAGCGUGGCGGGGACCGCCAAGCCGCAGCAGCGCCAUCCGGUCAUAAUCUACACACAUUCCCCGAAGGUCAUCCACACACACCCUAGGGACUUCAUGGCAUUGGUGCAAAAGCUCACGGGGCAAUCGCGGUCCGAGGAACAUGACACGGCUCGACAGAAAUCUGAAUCUGGUGGCAAUGCUUCAACCUCGUCCGACGAGGAAAACAAGAGUGUGAAGAUCGUGGGAAACGAUGACAAUGAGUCGUCAUCGGUUGUUACCGAUGAGAAUUGCAGCAGCCUAGGUGAUGGUCAAGUGAAUUCUUGUUUUGUGCCACCAAUUUUUGAGACACCAAAUCCAUACAUGACCAAUAUCCCAUUUUUUACACCCAAUUCGGCUGAGUUUUUGUGCUCGAAUCAGCCCUUUUAUAAUUACACAGACUCUUUGUUUUUUACCCCCAACAUGAGGAGUUCUGUUUCAUCAUCUUCCAACUUGGAAGGGAUUAGAGAGUUUCGUGAGUACUAAGGUUUUUAGUUAUUUUAUUUCUUGAAAUGAGUUUUUUUCUUUUUUUUAAAACAAUAUUUCAUUUCUUUUUCAUGCCAAUAAGGUUCUAAUUUUGUGAGAUAGGACUUAGUUUUUUUCUGGGGUUUUGUUUUUUCAUUGAUAGCCAGAAUAAAAGGCAACGAAAAUGAAAUGAAGUUGUUUCUUUGUAAUUUUUUUCUUAGUUGGAAUGACUUUAU